CAGCUAUCGGGGCGAUCUACUACGAACCGUACUGGGAUUCGGAGAUUGGCGGUCUCGUCAAGGACAAGGUCUUUCCGUGCUUGAAAAUCAGGCAUUCGUAUUCGAAAGGGACCAGCAUCGAGAACAGCACGGUCAUCGUGGGCCUGCGCUCGAUGGCGGAGGCGGAGAGUCUAUUCAAAGUGUUACAAAAGGCAGACAAGCAGCCACCACCCGAGCAGAAGCAGUGCACGACCCGCUUCAUUCACAAUCUCAAGCAAGACAGAAAAGCUUUGCAACAGCAGAAAGAUGCCUUAGAAGGCGCCCUUGCGAAGACAGAAGAGCAGGAAGAAGAGACUCGUCUCUUGCUGGCCGAGAAGCAAAAUCAAAAUCGCGUCAUCAUACAAAAGGUCGGAGCGAUGAAGCAACAGAUUCAAGAGGCGGCACGGCAAAAAGAAGCGCUGGUGGCAGAUUUGGAUGGUAUGAAGGUGCAGAUGGAGAAGGCCCAAGCAGAAAAUAGACAGCUGUUGAAUGAAAAAACUGCGAUGGAGUACCAAGUUAAAAAGCUGCAGGAUUGCCGAGACCAUAUCGCGGACGAGAAGGAGCGCAUCGAUCAAGAAAGAGAAGAACUGCACGCGAAGUUGCAGCAAGAGAAAGAGCAACUUGCGGAAGCAGAAAAGAAUCUUGUCGCGGAGCAGCAAAGAAUUGAGGAGCUCAGAGCAGAAACAAAACGACUCGAGAAAAGCCAGAAAGAAAUAGCGGCAAAGGCCGCUGGAGGGGACCACACGAUUUGGACAUGGCAGAAUGGGAACGAGUGGGAGCUCAUGAACCCCGAGGUCUGUCACCAGCUAGACACUUAUUACGAGACGUUUCAGACCGAACUGCAACUGGCGAGGAAGUCAAGCGGAAAUGAUACAUCUUCGCGGAAGACAGAGCACUGCCACCUGCGGAUCGGAAAAUUUUCGUACGAGUUCGAUUUUGUGGGCAUGACGCAGAUAAAUCUGCAUACCAACAAAGUACGCCGCAUCCAGGUUCGAGUUGACCGACCACAGCAUUGGACGCGGGAUUUGCUGGAGCCUGGAAGCAGGACGAAAACUGAUUUGGCUACGGUAAAGAUUCCGCUAAACGUCAAGCGGAAAAUGCUGGAAUCUCUUGUCAACACGUUAUGCGGGACACAUUGUGGCAGCUCGUGCCCGUUUAUGGGACUUGAAGAUGCAGGAACUGGUCGUGUCACCCAUCUUCAACUGAAGAACGCAGCUGCGUCAUUGACAGCUUUCCAGGUCGAAAACUACCCGCUGUUCCAGAAGUACCAACAAGCCCGUCGGACCCUGCACCGGGAGCAUAAGAGGCUUGGAAUCAAGCCUCCACUGGUAUUAUCCGCCGUACCUGCGGCCGUGGAGGACUGUGUGAAACAACUUCUCGGAAGGCACCAGAUGGAGCUCGAGCGGGAUCUGAAUGAGAUGUACUUGUUUCAUGGAACAGGCGCUGAGGGGCUCAAGCACAUCUUACAGAACGGCUUUGACUUUCGGGAGGCAAAGGAGAACGGACUGUACGGACAAGGGACGUAUUUCGCGAGCAAUGUGUGCAAGAGCAUGCAGUAUACCGGAAACGGAAAUUGUCGUCGUCCGCCGGAGCAGCGCUGUUACAUCGUCAUAGCGCGGGUCCUGAUUGGUGACGCGCACUAUACCAAGGAAACUUGUAGCGAGCGCAAACUGCCCCCCAAGCGGACAAACAUUGCGAGCCAAGAGCCGUUUGAUUCCAUCAUCGCGAACCCGGGACCCAAGAAAAACGGGGGUUUCUUAGCACAUCAGCAGGCGCACCAGGAAUUUGUUAUUUUUGACAAAGCGCAUGCUUAUCCGGAGUUUGUCAUUGAAUAUGAUUCAGAGUAGCUUACUCUCACUUGUAAAUAAAUCAAUCAACUACGUGUACGUGUACGUGGUCAAUCCUAUCCACAAGCUGUAGAGAGAUAGUGAAGGUUUCACUUGCGCACACUCCGGUACUCCAUUCGAGAACUAUUUCGUGGUCUGAAGGUUACCGACUACUUACUUACUCAUUUCUUGAGUGCAGGUUUUGCACUCCUCAUUCCCAUUUGAUUAAGCACGAUGAAAUUCAAAUAGCUGUUGUUAUCUGCGAUUGCGCACAAGAAUGAAGACACUUCCUUCCAGCGCGAACCCUCCUUUCUGGGUUUUGUUGGUCAUUUAUGGCUACAACAUUGUUCUCCUACUUACUUCUAUCUGG